GCUGCGCGACCCACAUUCCCUCCCUUGCGAGGCAAACCCCGAUCGCCCCCGAUCUCUUUCUCCUCUCAAUAGUUUCUGUGUUUCCCGACUCAUAGACCGCUUGUCUUCCAUUCUCGGGCACGAGAUCUUCUCUUCUUCUCUAUUUAUCCAUCCUCUUCUGUUUUCCUUUUGGCGAGAAAGAUGUCAGGGAAAGGCGCAAAAGGUCUUAUCAUGGGCAAAGGUUCAGCCGCCAACAAAGACAAGGACAAGAAGAAACCUGUCUCUCGCUCUUCCCGUGCCGGACUCCAGUUCCCAGUGGGUAGGAUCCACCGGCUUCUUAAAUCAAGGACUACAGCACAUGGGAGAGUAGGAGCUACUGCUGCUGUUUAUUCUGCUGCCAUCCUGGAAUAUUUGACUGCAGAGGUGUUGGAGUUGGCUGGAAAUGCAAGCAAGGAUCUCAAGGUGAAACGUAUCACUCCCAGACACUUGCAGCUUGCUAUCCGGGGUGAUGAGGAGCUUGAUACCCUGAUCAAAGGAACCAUUGCCGGUGGUGGUGUGAUCCCACACAUCCACAAGUCUCUCAUCAAUAAGUCUUCCAAGGAAUAGAAUCCCAUAGGAAUUUUAUCCAUACAUAGUCAAGUCCUCGUCCAAAACUCAUCUUCUUAAUGCCUCUGAAACUGUAGAUUGGGUAGUUGUAGGUCCUGCUUUGAAAGUGGAGUCAUGCAUUUAUGCAUUAUUUCCACCAGUCAUGCAUGAUUUCCCUGCUACCUACUGGACUUUGUUUUUCUGUUUUUGUGGAUAUAUUGACGUUUAUUAACAAUCACGGGUUUGCAUGGUCACUGUAAGGAUGCCUGGUUGAUUUAUAUGACUGGUGUUAGGGUGUCUGAUGUAUUUAUUAUUAGAUUGGAUGCUACUUUAAUAGAAUCAUAUAUCAUUU